AUGGCCCAUCAUCCCUCAAGCUACACCAGGCUCCCUCGUUCCUCUGGCUCUGCCUUGGUCAGUCAUCACCCUGCUUGCGCCAUAACCUUCCAGUCCUACAACUAUGCCUUGUUUCUCCACCCCUAUGGCUCAUCCCGGCUCCGCAUCAGUCUGCCGAGUUGUGAAGCACGGCGGCGUAUGUGUGCAGAAGUGGCUCUCCGGCACAUUUAUUUCAGAGACCUGGGAGAAAAAGUGCAGGACCUGGCUGACACUACCUCCAUCUUUUCUGUCAAGGAGAUUCGACUUCAGAUGGACCCAGGAAAACACUUUCCAGCUCAAAGAGAGUUGGCAGUGGUCCAUCGAAUGGGAUCUGCGCCACCUGAGCAUUUUCUCCCUGAAGGAGUAAAUCGUCUUCUGCAUCCUGCACCCCUCUCUUCAUAAAUGUGCUCGUAUAGUAACCACUUUCCUUGCUUUCCUUUGUUAUCUAACAUAUUUUGUUCUCUUUGUUUACAAGGUUUUAAAACUGCA